CACGGAAAAGAGGUGGGGUUAACAGUGAUGUGACGUCAAGGUUUAAAGAGCCAGCUCCCGAGCUCCACGUUGCUGACAGGGAGGCCGUGAUGAGCAGAGUGACCGGGACACCGUGAGCUGCUGGACUUGUGUGAGCGUGAGGGCAGCGGCCCGGCAAGAAUCCAUCAUGUCUGGUCCAUGGCUCCUUCUCGCCUCCCUGCUGCUUGGUUCUGUAAUUGUGAGCUCCUCAGACGAUUUGGCUGCUCCUGCCUCCCGUGAUUGGCUGAGUGCGGCUUCCUUCCUGCAGGACAUAUUGGAGCGGUAUGGGGAGAAUGAGACCCUCUCAUUGCCGCAGCUGCAGACUCUGCUAGAAAGACUGGAGGUUGGACGAGGGGCCAGGGAGUCCCGCAACAUAUCACAGUGUCUCAGCGCCUCUACCCUAUUUUCUGCUCACAACCUGACCUCUGAUUCCACGGUCGACGCAGGGGGUCUGCAAAGUCUCUGCCCAUCAAUCCUUCAGCAGUUGGAAACAAAAGCGUGCCAGGAGAAUGCCAUCCUUCACAAUGACACCGAGACAGAGGGAAGACCUAGCAGCGCUGAAGUCUGGGGUUUUGGGUUCGUGGCAGUCACGCUGAUCAGCCUGUCCUCUCUCCUGGGUGUGUUCUUUGCCCCAUGCGUAGAGAGACCCAUCUUCCGACGACUACUUAUCUAUUUCAUCGGCCUGUCCAUUGGCACGCUGCUGUCUAAUGCUCUCCUGCAGUUGAUCCCAGAGGCAUUCGGCUUUAACCCGCAGGAAGACUCUUACAUAGCCACAUCCGCAGUCCUCUUUGGGGGAUUUUAUCUUUUCUUUUUCACCGAAAAGGUCCUGAAGAUGCUUCUCAAUCGGAAACAUGAGCACGGGCACAGUCACUAUACUGCCGACACCAGCAAACGGGAUGCCGAAGAAGGGGUGACGGAGAAGCUGCAGAAUGGCGACUUGGAUCACAUGAUUCCUCCACCAGGUGGCAGUGAGUCUGACCUGCGACAACACCCGGGUGAUGAGAAGGUUGUGGUGGGGUCUCUGGCUGUGCAGGAACUCCCGGGGAAGCAAAGCUCUUGUUACUGGCUCAAAGGGAUCCAGUAUUCUGACAUUGGCACACUUGCCUGGAUGAUCACACUGAGUGACGGACUCCAUAAUUUCAUAGAUGGCUUAGCUAUCGGCGCCUCGUUUACAGUGUCCGUCUUCCAAGGGGUCAGCACGUCUAUCGCCAUCCUGUGUGAGGAGUUUCCCCAUGAACUUGGCGACUUUGUCAUCCUGCUGAAUGCUGGGAUGAGCAUCCCUCAGGCGCUCUUCUUUAACUUCCUGUCCGCUUGCUGCUGCUACCUCGGCCUGGCUUUUGGGAUUCUCGCCGGCAGCCACUUCUCUUCCAAUUGGAUCUUCGGUUUAGCUGGAGGAAUGUUUCUGUACAUCGCUCUGGCCGAUAUGUUCCCAGAGAUGAAUGAAGUCAGUAAAGAGGAUGAGGAGGGAGGACGUCCCCUCACUGCCUUUCUCAUACAGAAUGCCGGCCUGCUGACGGGGUUUGCCAUCAUGCUGCUACUGACAACGUUCUCUGGUCAGAUCCAGUUGGGAUAGGCCAAGGAUGGAGACUUGUGAGGAGGAAACUGGACCAAGGGAAGAGGAGCAUUUUACAGCACAGUGUUAACCCCGCAUACUGGUGGAAAUGCCGCCAUUUGUACCUGAAGAGGGCCUUCCCUCUACCUACAUGGUGUCCCGUCCCACACCCAAGGAGCAUCAGGGGUGACUGACUAUUUCUUCCUAAUGCGAUUCGAUUACGAGGCCUGUACCAAAUCCGUCACGACCAAAACCAACCACCGCUCGCUCUCCUUUCACAUCAGUCUCUGACUUGGAGAUUUGAGGACUCUGGUUUUAGACGUUUAUCUUAUCAUAUUGAUAAGUGGAUUUUAUUCCAAUGGACCAAAGCGACUAGACAAAAUGGUUGACUUUUCUCCAUGUCCUGUGCAACAGAGGCGAUGCUGGAGCCGUGCCGAACCGAACCACUGCUUCAUUGGCACCAUAGCCGUUCCGUUAUUUCUUCAUCCAGCGGCGUCCGAUGAACUGACCCAAGAGCCGCCGGUUACAGAGAACAACCCAGACUGACGGGACCGAAUGCGUCCCAUGCUGCUGCUCUGUCCAAAAGCAAAGUAGUGUAUCCCGAAGUACAAGGGGGAAGAGAAGUAGAAAUCUUGUUGUGCAUGACUGGUGCUGCGCUGUAAGCUUGCCAUAUUAUAGUGGACAUAGCACCGUCACGGGAGGGAUCUUCCAGUGCUGGGGGUGGAUUUGCACAUUUUUGGGAUUUGUGUGCAUGUUAGUAAUAGUACUUAUUAGAGAAUGCUGAGCUAGUAUGUCUUCUAGAGCAGCAGAGCUGAGUGUGUGUGUGGUCCUGUAGCUACGAUAGUACAGCCCUCCUUCGCUGUACUGCCAUCAUUCCUUACCCACAAUGCUUUUAGAAAUACUCUGUUGGGAAGAAACUUCAUCAUAAUUAUUAUUAUUUUUUAA